AUGAAGUGCAGCUGUAGCGUCAGUGCCAUCCUCGCAGUCGCGGGCGCAGUUCUCGCUCAAGACAGCAACUGCUACGAAGAAAAAGGUAACUGGUACUGCAACUCGGUCCAGGCAAUCUCGUACUCGAAUUUCGGCACCGCGGGCCAGUACCAGAAGGUGUCGUACAUGGGGUCGAAUGGGGAAUGUGACUUCGCAGAUCAGAGUUACCAAGGAGGAAUGGCGCCGAUGGACGGAGAGGUGUCAUGGCACUUUCGUGGGCCAAUGCAGUUGAAGCAAUUCGCCUUUUACACCGCCGGGUCCGAUAACACCAAGCGGUCGCUGCAUCCUAACCCACAUCAGCGGCCAUACUCGCACAAACACCUUCACGAUCCCAAGGUCCAUGAUGGCAGUGGAGUCGCAGAAGGAGGGCAUAUAGCGGACAAGCGCGGUGUCGGGGAUUGGGUCACAGCAAUCAUCAACGGACAAGUCGUGUCAUGGAUCAACCAGUACACUGGACCUGGAGCUGCGUCUGCGACGCUUGCUCCUGGAAACAAUGGUGGCGAUGGCGAGAGAGUGGCACCUGGAUCUGCGGCUCCUGCUUCCUCAGCUCCUCCGCCCAAAGCGAAUGUGAAUGCAGGUCCAGGCCAGUGGGGAAGACAGGCAUAUUACAAUGCUGACCAAGGAGUUGCUGAUGGACUUGUCUUCUUGAACCAUCACGGCGGUCAGGGAUCUGGAGUGUUCGACACUGUUUGGGGAAUGUCCCUUUCGUACGCUUCAGCGGAUAACAGUGCGGGAUCUUCGUCUCCAGUGCCUCUAGCAGACACCUUGAUACCAGAUAACUGCGAGUUUGUCGUCAUGAGUAACAAGCCAUGUUUGGAUGGCGGAUGCGGCACUGUCCGAGAUGGAACCGUUGCUUACCAUGGUUUUGACGGGGCUUCCAAGCUAUUUCUCCUUGAAUUCAGCAUGCCCUUGUCCGACAACACAGGAUUCAAUGGUGACAUGCCCGCAGCAUGGAUCCUAAACGCUCAAAUUCCCCGCACAGUCCAAUAUGGAAAUUGCUCCUGCUGGGCCUCGGGUUGCGGCGAAUUUGACGUCUUCGAGGUUCUGGACUCUGGCAAUCAGAAGUGCAAGUCUACCUGGCAUGGGCUGAAAGCAAAGGGUGAUUCAAAUUGGUUCCAACGGCCGAUCAGUGGAACAAAGAAGGUUGCCGUAGUGUUUGACGGGAGUUCAGGCACAGCGCAUAUUGUGAUAUUGCCCGAUAACACGAAUUUUGACGCAAAAAUUGCGGAGGGGACUGUGGCUGGGUUCGUCAACUCGGUUCAGGAUCCGAAGUUGAGCAUUCAGGUUGCUCUGGAUGGUUGA